UUCUAGGCUGGCCACUUGCAUCGGAAUGUAGGGGUAACAGGCCUGUGCCUGCAAAGUGGGGAUGUGCCCAUGGAGCUGAUUCCGCUCACACCACUGAGAAGACACAGCUACAUCUGUGUUUAUAAAAGGGGAGCAUGUCGACAUGACACACAAGCAGCCUUAGUGACCCUCCAAAUUCCUUUCACAAAUUUCUUUGUCAUCUAUCACUCGCUCUUCCUCACAUAACAUUAGGUUGCCAUCAUGGGUAGCACUUCGGAAGAUGUUUACGACUACAUUAUUUGCGGAGGUGGUACAGCAGGAUGCGUUGUCGCGGGUCGUCUCGCCGAAGAUCCAGAUGUUACGGUGCUAGUACUUGAGGCUGGUCAACAUAACAAAGAUCUGGAAAACGUACAUAUGACGGGAGGAUGGUCAAAUAACUUUGACUCGGAAACAGAUUGGAAUAUAGUCACACCACCUAUGAAAGGAGUCGAUAACCGACAGGUGAAACUGAGCCGAGGCCGCUUUUUGGGAGGCUGCAGCGGAUGCAACGGUACACUGUGUGUGAGAGGUAGCAAGCAAGAUUACGAUGAUUGGGAACUAGAAGGAUGGAGUGGAGAGGAAUUCUUCGCCGCAAUGAGAAAGUCGGAAACAUUCCAUCCCAAAGACUGGUUCCAAGCCGACCCCCAGAGUCAUGGUUACAAUGGCCCUCUGCACACUGAGCCUCACGAUCUUGCCCCAAUCUCGAACCUUCUCAUAGACUCUCUCGUUUCGCAAGGAAUGCCUCUACAUCAUGAUAUGUUUAGCACCGGCGACGUCGCCCACGGAUGCGGUCAUGCACCUCGUACCGUGUACAAAGGUAUCCGUACUACGGGCGGGGAUUUUAUAACCAACGAUUACAACCGAUCCAACGUUACUAUUCAAACCGAUACUACAGUCGACCGCAUCGUGUUGGAAGAAAGUGCAGCUGGGCUCCGGGCGACAGGUGCCGUGACCAGAUUAGCCGAUGGGACCACGCGCACUUUCCACGCGAGAAAGGAGGUUGUCAUUUCCAGUGGUGCUUACUGCAGCCCUGCCGUGCUUAUGCGAUCUGGAAUCGGGGCACGGGAGGAAUUGGAAAAGUUCGACAUUCCUUGCAAGGUUGACCUGCCUGGUGUGGGUAAAAACCUGAUGGAUCAUUUGAUUGUAUUCAUGUUCUACGAAACCGAAAGGGCAGGCCUGACAACUGACUGGCAUGUUUACCACGACGAUAACAUGGAAAAGACAUACGCACAAUGGAAAGAACACAAGACCGGAUUUCUAUCAACAUUUCCUUUCGGCGCCUUUGCCUUCGCCCGCCUGGACGAGCGUCUUAAGGACGAACCACUGUGGCGAGACGCUCCUCGCGAACCUGGCCGUGACCCAAUGGGCCUGACGCCUAAACAACCUAAUAUCGAGUUCUUCACCACCGAGUGCUACGGCGGACCCAAACAGUAUGACCAAUUCCCCGUCGACCACAAACAUGCGUUCUCGAUGAUUGCAGAGCUUUUUGCUCCGAAAUCUCGUGGUACCGUUACCUUGAAAUCUAAGGAUCCCCUGGAAAACCCUAUCGUUGACUGCAACUACCUGGCUGAUCCGAUGGACCUGUUGGUGCUGACCGAGGCAUGCCGCUUUGGAAAUGAGGUUGUCAUGAAAGGGGCUGGAACUAAAGAUAUCGUCAAGGGGUCCUGGCCUUCCAAUCUGACCCAUCAUACCUAUACGACUCGGGAGGAGUGGAUUCCAUAUGUCAAAGAACAUGCCACCACCUGCUAUCACGCCUCCGGAACGUGUGCGAUGGGCAAGGACGACAACCCCCUUGCUGUCCUAGAUAAUAAGCUCAGGGUCAAGGGAGUUGCUGGAUUGCGUGUUGCGGACUGUAGUGUGAUGCCUACCUUGCAUGGUGGACAUACCCAGAUGCCAGCAUAUGGAAUUGGGGAACGGUGUGCCGAUUAUAUCAAGGAGACCUGGUCUGGCUCAUCAGGGGAACGGAUCUUAAGUCGUAUGUAACUGUGGCGAUUACGGCUUUAAGUUAUGAAAUUAUCGAGCCUUGGCAUUGGAAGAUCAAGGUGCUUCAUCAUGAAUGCAUGUCGCAUUACCUAGCGAAGUAUAUAAGUGAAAGCUUGGAUCAGUUGAUCCUAGUACAGCAGACUUUGCUUGCCUCUGGGUUUUUGAUUAAACGAUAUUAUGUAUAUAGUUUGUGACAUUGACAACAAUUUUCAACAGGAAUAAGCAUAAGA